AAGGGAUUUAGCACACACAAUGGUUUCCUCCAAACACUUAGUCCUCGUUGCCCUAUUGGGCUUCUCAACCAUAUGUCAUGCCAUCAACAUGGAGAGCAUGAUCGAUGAAGAAAAUGCCAAAUGUGAAAGUGGCAGUGACAGCAUGGCCUGCGUGAAAGUAAGAGCUAUGAGAUUUUUGGAUACAGUCAUGACUAAAGAAGAUUUCAAGAUCUCCAAUGUUGAGGUUAAAUCAAAUGGUUAUCAAGCUCCUACAUCGGUUGAAGGUCGAUCCAGCAGUGGUGACUACUUUGAUGCUAUUGAAAACUAUAUCCAAGGUCAUGACGUUACCAUGGACUUGCCUAUGGCUGAUGCCAAAGUCACUGUCUCAUCCCGUAAUUUGAAUAACGAUGAAUUAAGUCUUAAUGUCAAAUUUUCGGGUGAGGGUGUCGUCGAAGGCAAGGGUAAGAAGGGAAACAUCUUCAAGAAGGGAAAGAAACACCGUUUGCGUAAAAUGGCCAUGCCCAUUAUGGUAUUGAUCUUGUUGAAGGCUAUCACCAUCAUCCCCAUGGCUAUUGGUAUCUUGAAGAUUAAGGCUUUGAACGCUUUGGGUUUGGGUUUCUUCUCUUUCAUUGUUUCGGUUGGUUUGGCCAUAUUCCAAUUGUGCAAGAAGAUUGCCGCUGAACACCACCACUCUUCCCACAUCACCUCCCACGGACCCUGGGAUGGUCGUUCUGUAAGUUCUAUUGCCAGCGUAGAACAAUUCGAAACAAAUCCCUCUGCCCAAAACUUGGCCUACAGUGCUUACAAUUAAGUUUUAGUAACAUACCAAA